GGUUGCGGUUUCUUUUUUGAAAUUUCGCAAUUUUCUGACCCCGCCUUCCUUCAAGACUACAAAUACCCAGGCUGGAAAGGGCUCUUCUGCCUGCCCUUGCGCAUGCGCUGCUGUCCUCCCGGUGCAAGUGCUGCUGGAGUGAUGGUGUGGAUGACAGAGCAGCGGGUCCCGAGCAGACGACAGAGGCAAGUGCAGAGCCGAAGAUGGGGCCAAUUCCGGAGUCUUCUACUGGGACAAGUCCCAUUUCGACCACGGGACUACUGGGAGGAGUCCGUUCCUACGACGGGACGAUGGGGACAGGACCCAUCCCGACGAAGGGACGACGGGUACUGGUUCCGUCUCAACCACGGGACGUCGAGGUCUGGUCAGGUCCCGACCACAGGACGACCGGAACGACGGGGAGAAGGGGACCGGUUCCAUUACGAGGACGAGACGACAGGGAUCAUUCCCGUUCCGACCAUUCCGGAUCCCAUGUCUGCGGAGAGUCUGCAGCAGACCGAGCGGCGGCCGUGGCCGGAGCCGACGACGUGUGCGAGUGUGCAGCCCACGAGGGCUCCGAGUCCGGAGCCGGCAACGGGUUCGAGUACGGACCCGAGGACGGAGGUCCAGUCUGCAGACGACGUCGUGUCCGAGUCCGGAAUGCAUUCCUUGCCUAAUACUCUGCAUUUAGUGUGGCUGCUGCUAACCGGUGUCCCACAGCAGAGCGCCUUAGAGAGCUCCAGGAGACUUUCAGCGUUUGAAAGUGGGUUCCGUGACAAGAUGAUCCUUGCCUAAACCUCUUCAGUCGUCGCAGCCGGUUCGGUCUUCAGUGCAGCCGGUUUCUUCCAAAAAUAAACACGUCAAUGUGCUUUCGGUGGUCCGUGUCAAUUCUUAAUUACUUAAUACAUAAACGUAAUUUACUUGGUUGUACCCGCGCCGGUUUUCAAAGGUACUGACCUGACGACACCCCGAAGUCGACGU